CAAGACCUGUCGGUCGAAGUUUCUAGGGCUAGUGGUCGAGUACGCUACGCUCUCCUGUGAUCGUGGAGAGAAACGGAGGGAGGAAGGGGAAGAAGGGAAGGGAAGGAUGUGGCACGAGGCGCGGAGGUCAGAGAGGAAGGUCCACGACAUGAUGGACGCGGCCCGGAAGCGGGCGCAGCGGCGCGCCGUGUACCUUGCCAAGCGCCGUGGCGUUCCCCAGCAGUCGCUCCAGGUCACCGGUGCCCGCUGCCGCGUCUACCGCGACGACGGAUUGUACCAGGCCGCCCAGGACCAGCAGGGAUUGAUACCAUGGAACGGAAAGCAAGAUAUCUUGAUUGCCAGAUUUGAUGGCCGCGCUCUUCUUGAUUUUAUUCGAGAUUCUAGUGCUUAUCGAGUUCAGCAGAAAACUGAGGAAGAAGAAGAAGUAGAAGAGUUUGUUAAUUUUGAGCGUUACCGGGAUUUACUUAAGCUUCGACGUAGAGGAUUUACUGAUGAUGAGGGAUUGCAACAUGUUCACCAACAGCUUGAGGCAAAGAAUUCACUUCCAUUUGCAUUUGAAAGGCCACGGUCCACACAGCUUCCAGUGAGCGAAGGUUCAUACUCACAGGUCGGAUUCUCCUACAAAGGGGAAGGUCAUGAAGAAUCUCACAAUUUGGACAGUGAAAGUGAGGAUGAAGAUGAUGAUGAGGAUGAUGACGAAAAAGAUUUCAGUAGUGAUGAUAGUAAUGAUGAGAGGAUGGAAACUAUUGCUAAAGAGUUUGGCAUCAAGAGAUACAACUGGCUUGUUUAUAUGGAUAAAAAGGCCAAGAAGGAAGAGAAAAGGCAAAAGGAAAUAAUUAGAGGAGAUCCUGCUAUUAGAAAAUUGAGUCGCAAGGAAAGAAGGAAGGCUUCUCAGAUGGAAAGGGAAAAAGAAAGGGAAGCAGCACAUCUGACAGGAAGGGCACCUCAUCAUGAUCCUUACAGGGAGUCGCGUCGAAGUCCCACAUAUGAAGCUUAUCCCAGGAGCAGAAUAUCAAGAUCCAGGUCCCGGUCAUUUUCACCUUCACAUUCAAGAUGGCAUGAACACAGUUCUCAUGCUGAUAAUGGGCGUCGAAGCAAGUCGAAGCCUCCGAAAAUUGAAUAUAUUACAGAGUUUGGUGGUACAAACGACUUGGAUCAAAAAUUUGGAGGAGUCUCCCCACCAUCAUCUCCAUUGCAAGCUGAUCUAUCAAACCGGGCAUCAGGUGGUCGAGUUCUUGAGGCACUUCAUGUUGAUCCUGCAUCUGCUAUGUCUCUUGAACAGGAAAAGAAUGCUAAAAUGUUGAGACCACCGAUCAGCUGACCGUCGUCGUCGUCAACAAUAGCAAAACUUAGUAAAACUCCUCUUGGGGCAGCCUCAAAAACUCAACAGGACAAAAGAAAGGAAACUCCUCAAGAACGCCUCAAACGGAUUAUGAGUAAACAACUGAAUAAACAAAUUCGGAAAGAUACUGCUGCUGAGAUGGCUAAAAAGCGGGAGCAGGAAAGACAGAGGCAGGAAAAGGUUGCUGAAGCAACAAGGAUAAAUCACUAUAGCCAUCGUAGUCGAAGGAGAAGUUACAGUCCUUCUCCACCAAGAAGACGUCGCCACAGCAGAAGCCACAGUAGAAGCAGGAGCCCCAGAGGAUACUAUUCUCGAUCGCGGUCUCAUUCCCCACAGUCAAGAAGCAGGACCAGGUACUGAAGCAUUUCUGACAAUGGUCAGUUGAGGUCGGCUGAAAUUGCCAAUAAGUUAUCCAUGGAGUGUCGUCACUCAGUUCAACAUGAUAGCCUUGGAUGACAAUCUGGUUUACAGUGCUUUGAUUGAUGCCUGUUAGUCUUAGUGGUUGUAGAUGCAGAAUUAGUUACUGUUUAGCUAGUUUCAGUACACCUCAAUUCCUGUUUUGGGUAAUUUUGCUGUGCUAUGUAGCUCAAGUCUUGGAAGUUUUACUUGCACAACAAUUUACAGGCUAAAUUAUUUACUUGCCUUUUGGCUCAA